AUGGACUAUAGUGAUCAAUUCACAACUUAUUCGGCUUUGAGUGUAAUUGUGUGCGAGUUAGAAAGGUUAGAGACAGAUGGGGUGGAUGCUUUAUCAUGUGGUUGUGCUAUUCGUCAAACCCACCAAUUACCAUGUGCACAUGAAAUUGCGGAGUAUAGAGAGCGUGGUGUACCAAUACCACUUGAUGUCGUGCAUUCACAUUGGAGGAAAUUAGAUAUCAUCAAUAUAGGAAACAGUAGUCAUGGCACAACUUCACCAGGAUGGUCACAACUACAAAGAUUCAAUAUGUGGUAUGAACAACAAGAUGGUGAGAAGAAGAGACAAGUCCACAUGACACUGGAGGAGCUAAUGAACCCUGGUUCUACUGCGCUUACUGAACCAAAAGAGAAGUUGAAGACCAAAGGGAGACCGCGAACUCAUCUCUGA